AACACGUGCAGUGGAUGCAAAGUAUAUUCCAGCUUCAAAUCAAAUGAACAUGAACCAUAUUGAAUAAUAUACAUUCUAAGAUUUAAAUCUUGCAGCAAUUAAAAAUUCCUAACUCACUGACUGGCACAUAGAAUCUACAUUUUUUUCUGUAUUUUUUGAAGUAGCUACUGGGUGCUGCCUAUCACAAAAAAAUCUCCAGUUCUGUUUCAGUGGAGAAGUUGUCAGCAACUCGUGUACAUAUUCAUAAAAAAGGAACUUGAUACGAAAUCCAUGAAGAAGUUGUAGACCAGAAGAUGGAGUGAGGGAUAUGAUUGUAAUCAGCGACAUUGAUGAAAAUGGUAUCAACGAGAACCUAAAAGCUAGAUAUAAGAAGGACAUCAUCUAUACAUUUACAGGGUCCAUUCUGGUGGCUGUCAACCCAUACAAGAGCGUCAACAUCUAUGAGCAGGAGCAUGUAGAUGAGUAUAAUGGACAGAAACUCAGUUCUGUAGAGCCGCAUAUAUUCGCUAUUUCUGAAGCUGCGUUCCAGAAACUUAAUGACAAUAACAACGGAGCAGACGGCAAGACAAAUCAGUCGUGUAUCAUCAGCGGGGAGAGUGGUGCUGGCAAGACAGAGAAUACAAAGUUUAUUCUGCAGUAUCUAUGUUCCGUGACAAAUCACACGUCAUUCUGGGUAGAACAACAGAUCCUUGAGGCCAACACAGUACUAGAAGCUUUUGGAAAUGCAAAAACAGUGCGCAAUGACAACUCCAGUCGGUUUGGAAAAUUUGUUCAGGUGUGUUUCGACACUUCUUGUCAAAUCAAAGGCUGUAUUGUCCAAGACUACCUUCUCGAACAGUCACGUAUCACAUUUCAGUCAGCAAAUGAACGCAACUAUCAUGUAUUUUAUCAGUUUAUUGCGGGUGCUGAGGCGUCGCCAGAAAUCAAGGACCAAUACUGUGUGGGACCAGUGCAAUCAUAUGCAUAUCUCAAUCAGAGUGGAUGUUACACUUUGGACGGAGUCAACGACUCGAUCAUGUUUGACAGACUACGAUUAGCGCUAAAUGUUUUAAAUGUCGCACAAGAAAUGGUGGAUGGAAUAUUCCGGAUAUUGUCCUCAAUUCUGUCAUUAGGGAAUCUAAAAUUUGAAGAUGUAGAAGGUGAAAAGAGUGAAUUAACAGAAAGUGAUUUAGAUAUAGUAGGCUUAGUGUGUGAACUUCUUGGAUUUAAUCUAGAUGGAUUUGUAGAGGCCUUAUUGUUCCGACAGAUCCAGGUGCGCGGAACAGUUACCAGUAUACCUUUCAAACACCAAGAGGCCUGUGAAAAUCGCCAUGCAAUGGCAAAGUGCCUUUAUUCACGGACCUUUGCGUGGUUGGUAGAUGCUGUGAACAAGUGUACGAACCCAGGGCAACAUCAGCUAAGAUUUAUAGGAAUUCUAGAUAUAUUUGGAUUUGAAAAUUUCCAGGUGAACAGUUUUGAGCAGUUGUGUAUCAACUACACCAAUGAGAAGUUACACAGGUUCUUCAACCACUAUGUGUUUGCCUUGGAGCAAGAAACGUACCGCAGUGAAGAGAUUGCAUUUGAACAUAUAACAUUCACAGAUAACACAAAGUGUGUAGAACUCAUAGAAAAGGCACCAAGAUGUGUUCUCAAAAUGCUGGAUGAAGAAUGUAGAUUUCCUCAGGGAACAGACAAGUCAUAUCUGCUGAAACAGCAUCAGGAAUUGGAGGAACACGACUGUUAUAUAAAGGGUGAUCGUCGCAAGUGGGAGUUGGAAUUUGGAAUUCUUCACUACGCUGGCAAAGUCACGUACACUGUGGCUGGCUUCCUGGACAAAAAUAAAGAUGUACAACAGGACCAAUUGUUUGAACUGAUGUACAACUCAACUAAUGUGUUUGUAAAAGAUCUGACCAGAUUCCAGGACCUGCUUGGUGUGAGACUGGAGGAUCUGAGUGGCCGUCAGUCCAUAUCGAGGACAACCAGGGGUAAGCCUACUGUGGGUGACACAUUCAAGCACCAGUUGUCGGCCCUUGUUGACAUACUGUCAACAACAAAUCCAUGGUAUGUGCGAUGUAUCAAGCCAAAUAAUAUGAAGAAAGCCAACAGUUAUGUGGACAAAGAUGUUAUAGUGCAGCUCAGUUAUUCUGGCAUGCUGGAUAUCAUCAGGAUUAAAAGAGAGGGCUAUCCAGUACAUGUGUCUUUAGAGAAUUUUCUGGACAAGUAUGCCUGUUUGCUGUCACUGAGGUCAACUGGUGAUGAUCCAAGGUCAGAGGUCAAGGUCAUUCUGGAUAGACUGAGUCUACCUAGCACUGACUGGCAAGUGGGGAAAACCAAGGUGUUUAUGAAGAAUUCUGUGUUUGAACCACUAGAAGAAAGAAGGCAUGAGUUCCUGAGACUCAAAGCUUUGAUUAUACAGAAGAUCUGGAGAGGAUUUGUAAAGAGAAGAGAUUACCAGCAGUUACGUGAAGCAACCAUCAUUAUUCAGACGUCUUACAGGGCUUUCAGACAUCAUAUCAUCUUCAGGAGAAAGAGGAAGGCAGCCAUUUUGAUUCAGUCUCAGGUACGUGGAAUGCAAGCUCGUCGUCUGGCCGCAAAACUGCGAGAGAUCAAGCGUAUCGAGGAGGAACGCCUGAGACAGGAGCGACUGGAACAGGAACGUCUUGCAAGACAGAAAGCAGAGGAAGAUGAACUAUCAAUUGAAGAAUCUCUCAAGGAAUCUCAGAAUGAGUUAAAUUCAUUGACCCACCUGAUAGAGUCUAUGUGGACACAAUAUGAGCCGACCGUAUCACCGAACAAUCUCAACCUGGACGAGAUCUUCUCGUUCCUCCAGAAGGAGCAGGGAGCAGACGGGAGAGGCAAGCAAGAAAACAAGACCCUGGAUGAAAUUACUGAUGAGCUAAAUGAGCUCAAUGAUUUGUUGACGCUAGAUAUGGAUACUGAAAAGGAGAGACAGGACCAGGAAGCAGAGUUCCAGCGUGAAACACGUGAAGCCAGUAUUGACAAUCUCCCGCCACCUCCAGAGAUUACAGCUAGCACUGAGAAUCUUGCCGAUAUAGAGCUUGAGACCUUGCCACCACCUCCCAGUGGUGAAGAGGCAACUGUUACAGUACCACCUGAGUUCAUCCCACCACCUCCACCACCACUGCCACCGACUGGAGUUCCAGCUCUGCCCCCAGUUCCUGCAAUAGCAGAUCCAAACCGCGGACGUCCCUUACCCCCUCGUCCACCAGAGAGGAGAGACAGCCACCUCUCAAAAAGAGGGUCUCAAAGGGGCAGCUCAUUAACCUCUUUAGAAUAUCAAGAAAUCCAGAAUGCUAUAAACGAGAUUGAAAGUAUAGAAUUUGACUAUGCUCCAAAACCCCCUGUUCUUCCACCCCCACCCACUAUACCAGCACCUCCUUUACCUCCAGGUGUAGAAAUGAGCCAACACGCUAAAGAAAAACUUGCCAAGAAACAGAGCCUGACAAUAGAAGUGCCAGAUAAUGUGAAUCAAAACAAACUUCAAGUGCAGGGUCCAUCUAAUGUAGAGGCAUUAUCUCCAAAAAUGGAGGAGAAAUUGCAUAAUCUGCUAGAGGGACCAGAACAGACUUCAACAGAGGAGAGCUUGAUUCCAAAUGGAAGAACCCCAAUGACUCCUCCUACCCCAAUGAGCCCUGUGUCAGAUGGAGGGGGAGAAUUUGGAGAGGUGUAUGACAUGUUGGACUAUGCUGAGAAAUAUUUCAAUGAUCAUCCGAAAGAUAUAAGUGGUACACUGAUGAGGAGCUUAAAAAAGAGACAUUCACAAGAUCGUGAUUUCCUCAGCAAAGAACAAAUGUUGACGUUCUGUAAAUCAGGACUAAUUGCCACGUCUCAUGUGAAGAUACACGAUACAGAGAACGUCUUCCUGGCUUGUUCAAUAUUUAAGGAUCUGACUAAGUGUAUAAAGGAUGACGUGAAGGAUGACUCGGCAGCUGCUGUCAUACAGACUGUUAUCCGGCACGGCAUCGAGAGGAUCGAACUUCGUGACGAGAUCCUUUGUCAGCUGAUCAGACAGACAAACGACCCACCAGAUGAUAGCUGCCUCAUUCUCGGCUGGCUGUUUAUGUGUCUCUGUACUGCUUCAUUUGCUCCUAGUAAAAACUUGCACAAGUAUUUGGUAUGCUAUGCAAAGCAACACAGGUCUCAUCCUGUGAUUGGUAAAUAUGCUCAACAUGUUGUCAAACAGGUGACAGUGCCUCGUGCCAUGGCAAGGAAAUAUCCACCUUCAUUUGCUGAAAUUAUGAGUAUGAGAAAUCUGAGUCCACUGAUAUGUAAGGUACACUUUAUGGAUGGGAAGACGAAGGCCGUGAGUAUAAUGCCGUGUGACACCACACAGGACGUGCUCAGUAAGGUGGCCAAGAAGAUUGGUCUGCAGUCCGUGGAAGGAUGGUCAAUAUACGAGGUUACUACAGAGUACGAGAGGUAUAUAAGAGCAUAUGAAUAUGUAGCAGACGUCCUUGCUCACUGGGAAAUGUGUGAGAGGCAGUCUUCACAACCCAGCAAGUAUGAGACAGUAUCAAAGAAAGGACCAAAACUGGCACUAGGUGGCAGCGAUGCACGACUUGUGUUCCGAAAACGCGUGUACAAACACGUUCAUGACAUUCCAAAUGAUCCAGUAGAGUAUCACCUACUGUAUGCCGAGGCUGUAAAUAAAGUUGUUAAGGAUGAAUUCUCGGUAUCGGACAAGGUGGCUCUACAGUUGGCAGGUCUUCAGGCUCAGGUUAUACUAGGAGAUUACGAGGAGGGUAAAGGUCAGAGGUACAAGGAGGUUGGACAGUAUCUGUGCAAGAGGAUCCUCAAUUAUCAAGGCCUCGACUGGAGUCAACAAGUUGCUCAGGCCCACAAGCAAUAUGGUACAGGCAAGACUGAGUUGGAAGCCAAGGUGUGGUAUCUGACCUGUGUUAAACAGUUUUCACUGUAUGGAUGUACGUUAUUCCCCAUCGUACAUAAAGGACUAUGGCAGCAUGCCCACGAUGCCCUGCUUGCGAUAAACAUGGACGGUGUCAAAUUCGUACGUGCCAAAGAUAAACUAGUCCUCCAUGACUUCAAAUAUACAGAAAUUGAAUCCAUUGCAUUGGAUCCGAAUGAUAAUUAUGUAACAAUGGAAUUAAAGAAUGGAAUGGCAGUAGAUUGCCCGCAGCGCUGUUUUAUGUUCGAGACCAAUCACAAAGAAGAUCUGGGAAAUUUGAUAUCGAGUUACUCACCUGCUCACGCAAACUGGCUCAAACCGGACUAUGAAGGAGUGAAGAAGCAUGGAUGCAUGGUCGACAUAAUGAAAAUGACAGAUGAGGAGAAGUUGAAAUUGUAUGAGGACUUGGUGCGCGCACGGCGUAGCCUGUCCGAGACAAGGCUUCUCCACAGGCCGGUCCAGGACAGAGACUCAAGUUUCUUCAAAAAUACGCUGAGAAGGAUAACAAAAUCCAAAAUGGAGAGGUUACGAAGCUGUUAUGCUGGUGGAAACAUUGGCAUGUUUGACGUUAGUUACUGGUCAUACAGUAAGGUGGCACUCAAACAGUCUCUGACAGCCAUGCAGGAACCAGCUGCGGAGGAGCUCGCGCUCAAAGUAUUCAACUCAAUACUAAUUUAUUCUGGAGUUAUAGAAUCAGGGGAGUAUGGUAAUGUAGACCAUACAGAGAUGAUACAGACUGUGAUUCAGAAAUGUCAGGAGAAUGAGGCUCUGUGUAAUGAGUAUUAUCUUCAGCUAAUCAAACAGACCACGGACCAUCCAGAUCCAAACAGCAAUGUAAAUCGACGUAACUGGCAGUUGAUGUGCGUAGCAACCAGCUGUGUGGUGCCAAGCAACAGUCGGGUAAUGAAGUACCUUAAUUGUCAUCUGAAAAAAUGUUCCUUGGAUACCACAACAGAGGAAGGGAAGUUUGCAAGAUUCUGCAAUAAGUGUUUAACAAGAACACAAGAAAAGAAGAAGCGCAAGUUCCCGCCGUCAACAAAAGAGAUAGAUUGUGUAAUAUCACGUAAGCCGAUCAACGAGAAGGUGUUCCUGCUAAAUGGUGAUCAUAGAAUCAUAGAGUUUGAUGCCGCUGCUGUCUGCGGAGAGGUCUUGAAGACAGUGAAAGCAAAGAUAGGGAUGAGAUCUGAUGCAGAAUGUUUUGCUCUGUAUGAAGUCACUAGUGGAUCUUCAGAACGGUGUAUGAAUACAGACGAGCGUAUGUCUGAUACAUUGAGUAAAUGGGAGAGGAUAUCGAAAGGUUCAUCUACACGAGAAAUGAAGCUGGUCUUCAAGAAACGUUUAUUCAUAGAGCCCUAUCUGAACCCUAUAGACCCGGUAGAAUGUGAUCUUGUGUUCCAUCAGUUAAUAGAGGAUGUGUUCGAACACAGAGUUCCACUUACCCCACAGGAUGCUGUGCGUCUUUGUGCCUUAAAAAUCCAGUCGGAGAGCGAAGAAAUUAAACCUGGUGAUAUAGAUUACAGUUCAGUGAUGCGUAUUUUACCACGAGACAUGAGGCCUCAUGUUCGACUGGAGGACAUAGUAAUCCUACACAAAUCUCUGGCAGACUUGACACCCGGGCAGGCAGUUCUACAGUUUAUAGAGGUUCUGAAGUCAUGGCCUCUGUUUGGUGCUUCCGUAUUUGAUAUCUCACAAUCGUACACUUCCUCAUUGCCAAAGACACUUCUCCUGGCUGUUGAACAACGGGGAGUUCAUCUUCUGGAAACCAAAACUUUUAAAAUUAUACACUCAUAUGAGUACACAGAUGUGUUACACACCAGUCCUGCAUUGAACAGUAUUAUGAUGAUAGUGGGAGAUGUUGCCAAGGGGACCAAAUACAUGUUCCAAACUACACACGCGAGCCAAGUAGCACACCUUAUCAAAGAGUACACAGAGGAGUUGAAAAAUCGUUCAUUGAUCAUCCCUCCACAGAAAAUGGACAAUUCCAUGAUACAGAAAGCUUGUAGGUCAAGCGUUUUUAUCGACUCUUAUGAUGAAGAGCUACUGUCGGCCAUGUUGAUAACGAACAAGACAUAGCGAGAAUGUCGUGAAACUGUGAUUUCAGUGAUGAUGUUUUAAAGUAUUCUUGUCGUUACAACGUACGUUACAUUCUACACAACUGUUUAUUCCAAAAUUCUCGGUAUCAGAUCAUAACACUGAGCCCUGUUUGUUGCCAGUAUUGCUGCUUAGUUAAAAUUAGUAACUAAUUCAUAGCAUUCAUAUUCAGCAAGAAACUAGAACCAAAGUUUGGUGUCUAUGUUAUAGAUAUUGAAUAAAUUACUAUAAAAAAUGUGUUUUAAAUCAAAAGAGCAUAUUUUCAAAGUAAAUAAAUUGGACCCAUGGGCCGAGUUGUUAAGAUGUUGAGUUCCGAUGGCUCGUCAUUUAUUGCCGUGGCUGGGAGUUGCCCUCUGAUGUAGAAUUCUUUCAAGGGAGGAGGCUGUCAUGGUGUCUUGUGACUGGUCACUAAAAAUGUCACUGACAUAUUUCAACAUGGGUAAAAGUUACGAAGUCGCUACAUGUCUUUAAUCAAGCUAGUAUAAAAAUAUGGGGCAAAAGAAACAGUAAUAGUUAUGUGACGAACAGAUUGUGUGUACACGAUUGUUGAGCAGAUUUGAACAAAACAUUCCUGAUGGAUAGAUGGAAAAUCUAAACUUCCGCAUAAUACACAACAUUUUAUGGAGUUUGAAUCUCACAUAUAACCAGCUGAUGAAUCUCACAUAUAACCAGUCAGCUGUUUUUCUUAGUAUUCCAGAUAUUAGAGGAAGUUUUAUACUCCAAAAUACUAAGUUUGAAGGGAGUAGAUAGGAGUCAUCUUAUAGUUUGUUAUGUAGUCAGUCUCGUGCAAAACACUUCGGGAACAAACUACUGUCAUAUAGUAAAGGAACUUCAGUGAAUAUUCAUUCAUAUGAGAUUCAAAAGUGUAGAUUUGUUCCACUUUUUUCAGGGUCAAUCUAAGCAUUGCACAAUUGAAGCCAUUGGUCUUGACAAAAUGUGUACUCAUCACUUUUAGUGAUAGCUCUAGCUUUAGUAACUUUUGCCAUGUUUGAUAAAAAGAAAUUAAGUUUAGCUACAUGUUUAUCACUACCAAUUAAUUGCAAACUUUUAACAUGCGUGACAGCAUCAUGUUUUAUUGUUUAUGUAGAUAUGAAAGCUAGUGUUAAGCAUAGUGAUGCAGUAUAAAUUGAAAACUAAUAGUUUCAGGAGUGAUAAUUUUUACUGACAUUCAGGGUAUGGUAAACAGAGAUUACGAUUUACCUCAAUUUUUGUGUCUGUCAGGCCCAAAAUUUACGCUUUCACAUACUUUAUGAUUUAAAGACUAAGCCAUAAGCUAAAAUACAAGGCAGAACUAUUUGAGGGCAACCUGGGUAUGCUCCUUUGAAAAAAAGUGAACACCUUCCUUACCAUUUCUCAAAGAGAGGUAUUUGCCUUGUCAGGUCUCGGCAUAACUACGUCACAGCAUGUACAAGGAUUGCUGAUGAAACUGUUUUGCUGUUAAUUGGUAGUAACAAUUGCAGAUAUGUAAAUUGUAUUGUUAUUUCUGUUUUUAUGCCCCUGGCAUCUACUGAUGCGGGAGGCAUAUAGUGAUUGUCCUGUCCGUCCGUCUGUACGAGGUUAACCAAAUGGGACUGUUUCGUCUAGCAUAAAUACCCCUUACUAGAAUGACUUGAUACUAAUGCAGAUGUAAUCUGUGACCAUUCCUCAUCUUCAGACAUCACCUGACCUUAGUUUGACCUUGAACUUGACCUCGUUUUGGACUUAAGUUGCUUUGUAUCAACAAGGAUGCCACCAGGGGCAUCAAGCGUUUAUUGAACGCAGCUUCUUUUUUUUAAUGUUUUUUUUUUCUUUUUUUUUGAUAUUGUAUGUGAAUGUGUUGUUACGUGUUUGAAAGUGCAAUCUUAAUAUUAUUAUUAUUUUACAUAGUAGAAUAACUAUGCAAUUGUUAGCUUUUGUAAUCUGCAUAGCCAAUGUUCAAAAUUAAUGUUCUGUGACAUGUGCUAUGAUUGUAUUUAUGCUCAUAAAUAAAACCAAGUUUUCCAGUUGGCUGAUGUUGAAUCUACUUCAGCCAAUGGCAGUCAUGAUUGAAUAUUGUUCAGCCAAUCAGAAAGCUUGUGACAUGUGCUUAUA